GACAAGUAUAGCGCUGACAUACUACUCCAUACAACACUCGUUCGGCGCCGUCUUAGUGUCGAUGGGAUUUUUUGCAAGUUUUGGUUCAAGCAUAGCUUAUAACUCUAUUCUGACCACAGCUCAACGUUGGUUUCCAGAAAAUGUCGGGUUAGCCGGUGGAAUGAUCGUUGGUGGCUACGGUUGUGGAGCUUUUAUUCUGUCACCUCUUCAAACGGGUUUCAUUAAUCCACUCGACUAUCGAGUAAAUGAAGAUGGUUUUUUCACUCAAGAAGAUCUCCUCGAAAGGGUACCUCAAGUGUUUAUUGUGAUGGCCGUGGUCUUUGCACUUCUUCAGACAGUUGGACUUUUGUUUAUUGGACAACCACUUGAGUCGAAAACUUUCCUCCUCCUAUUCCUAUCACUGGCCAGUAAUGCCGUAUGGGUACAGCUUGUCAGUGGGUUAUACAAGGCCUACGGUCAGAAGUUCAUCGUCAGCGACCUAUACCUAUCCAUGGUUGGAUCAGUGGCAUCGGUGUUCAACGCAUGCAGCCGAGUUGUGUGGGGAGUGGUAGCUGACAAGACAUCCUACCAAUUCUCCAUGGCAAUCGUAUGUACCGUAGGAGCAGCCAUUGUAUGGCUCUUACCAACAGUUCGAGUAGCGGGUGAUCCCGUUUUCUUCCUGGCUGCGGUAUGCACACUUUUCACGUGCAUAGGAGGAACGUACUCGUUGUUCCCAUACAUCACACAUAAAUGUUUUGGAAGUACGAAUUUUGGAAUCGUCUACGGGUUUCUUCAGUGCUCUUUGGUAAGGUCUAUUCAUUAA